CGCUAUUGACUAUCGCUUGUAAUCGAUAAUAAAAUAGGCUCAACACGUGCUCCGAGGCAGUCGGAUUUAUAAAUAAUAUAAAUUCCAGAAUGCAGAACGGUGGAGGAAAUUCCGGCUGGAACAAUUCAUCGCAGAACCGAAAACAUUUUUUUACCGAUGGGCACAGGAAUCAUCAGAGGCGCAGCGCCGGAGGAGGAAAUCAAAACUACAAUGGCCAUUCAAAUGGCAGUUUGCCCGACAGAGGACCUGCAGGUGGAUGUGGUCAGAAUGGUAACGCUUUCAACAAGUUCAGAGAUCCUCAACAGCAGCCGAAUGUACAGCAGUUAAACCAGAGGGGCGGCAGACGAAAUAGAGGUGGUGGUGGUUGCGGUGAAGGUGGUGGAGGAGGGAGGAGAAGAGGACAACGUCCUAGGGACUCUAACAAGCGCGGUGGCCGCAACAACUCUUGGCAUGGAAAAAAUCAGAAUGCAAGCCCCGAUAAAAGUCACAUGCUAUACUAUGACAACGUAGGCAACUUUACCGAGGAUCCACCUUUACCUGCUCAUUCCCCGGCCCCCUCGUCUUUUAGGCAAGAGAGUCUUCAACCUGCCACCGUCACUGCUGCCGUGGAGUCUCCACCUGUUCCUGAACCUAUUAUACCUGUCCCGGCAGAAACACCAACUCUAUCUCUUAUAAGCAUCAAGAAAGAGAAAGAGUUAAUGAAUCCAAAGUCAGAUCCGAAACCAGUGGUUAAACCGGAACCCAAAUCUCCUAAAAAGAAGGACAGGGAUAGCUCCUCCAGUUCAUCGAGCAGCUCGGAUGAGGAGUCCGAGCCUGAACCAGGCGAAAUGGUAGGCAGCGCACCACCCGCCAAUGUAACACUCCCGCCAACAAUAAAGGCCAACAAGGCGGCUGGUGUACUUUCGGCAAAAUCGAAGGCGUCAUCCUCUGACUCCGAUUCUGAUGUCGAACACAAUCGAUCACCGGUGAAAAAGGGGAAGGAAAAGGAGACGGAGGAAGAUGUGGUUUGCAUGGGCUCUCAGGAACGUCAGUUUACCAUUACGGAUGAAGAGGAGAGUAGCGAUCUGGAAGAGAAAGCCGAAAAAAAGUCAAAAAAAGGAAAAGGCAGGCUGAAAACAGUCGAUGUGAUAUGUGGCAUCUGCGGAAAGAAGGCCCACACGUCCUUUCAGUGCCAGAUGAUUUGCCGCAAUUGUUCAGGUAGGUUUCAUGGCCUCAAGAACUGCCCGAAUCCGCCAAACUUGAACAUUGCCAUGCAGUCCUUCAUGGAGUUUGUCAUGCACCAGAUGACCGCCUUUUAUGGAGAACAGCGAUUUACUUUUCCCGCUGGCACUGUCCCGGCUCCAGUUUCUGUGGUAGUUCCAGCUAAGGCCAAAAAGGACCAAAAGUCGGCGAACAAAAAAGCCAAGAAGACUCCAACAAAAAGGAUGAAGGUUGAGCCGAGAGAUGAAGACGAGGACGAAGAUGAUGAUGAUGCCACCGAGGCCAGCAGCGAGAGCGAGGAGUCUGAGUCCAGUGAUGAGCCGCAGCCAGAACCAGCAUUUAAGGUAAAACGGAAACGCGGCUCAAAGUCUUCAUCAUCUGUCGCAGCUGCUCUUCCUCCUCAAGUGUUUCCAUUCUCCCUCCUUGGUGCUCCUGGUGCCCCUUACAACUCUAUGAUGUAUCCCUAUGGGGCGCCAUUUAGUUUUUCUAAAUAGUUAUUACCUAAGCUAGUUGUAAAUCAAAGUACAAGCAUAAUGUUGCCAUUAAAAUGUGCUACUCAAAUUACAGUUAAAAAGCCGAA